AAAUUAAAUAGCUCAUGUUCGUCACAAAUCGCAACAACCUUUAUUACUUUAUGUUUGUGAAACUGAUCAGCUGAUUACUGUCGUUCAUUUUUUCAAUUUUGCUUACUAAUUUUAUAAUACUGAUCGUAAUGCUAAUAAUGGUUGUCACCACUUAGUCACCGUAAUCAUAGUCAUUUCCUCCCUUAGGUAAUUUUGAAAACAAAAUAUAACUCUUAAUCUUUUCGUAAGCGCAAUUACUAUUUUAAUUAACUGGUAUAGGAUUUGGAAAUUUGGAUACAUUCAUCGUACGAUUUAAUCAAAUAUAUACCUAGUUGUGAGUUUGGUUAGUACUUUUUAGUCACAGUCAUAGAUAAUAGAUAUACAAAGGGUAACAGUAAUAUCUAAUAGUCAACAGUGCAUAAGUGCGAUUACAUAACUAUUAAUACUUACUUUAAGCAUUAUUUUAAGAACAGUAGAAUUUCUGGUAGAAGCCAUUAUAAAAAAUAUUGACAAAUUCUGGAAAUUAUGAAAGGAAACCAAAUGGUCACAUAUGAGAAACAGGGUCUACAUUUUCUUAGAAAAUGAGAACUUCGGCCCUCAUCAAUGGGAUAAAGAACUGCAUUAAUGCAUUUUGCUACUUGAAUACAAUACACCUCGCUUACAUAUUUUCUUUGUAGCUGACACUUUUAUUAUCAAAAUUUCGAAAUAACUUAUCAAAAUAUUUUAUAUCAAAAAAUUGUAGUGAUAUAAUUUACUGUCAUCAAUAAUUUAUCAAUUAACCUAAUCAUAUCCGUCAUUAACUUAGCUAUAAACAUGACUGAUGCUGAAUUUGAAAAUGACGUUUAUAUAAAAAAAUUUAAAAAUAGUUUUAAAUAUGAAGAACCACCUGAUGUAACUUGUACUAAAAUAUUUUCCGAGGAAGGAACGUUCUUGAAGUUCACAGUUUUAUUUUACCUUAAUGAAAAAUGCAGUUGCCAAAUGAAAAUCAAAACACCUCUAGAGGAUCCAGGAACGUUACACCCACUCUCUUUAAAGAUAAGAUUAACAAAUAAAGAGUUGGAGCAUGAAAUUCAACCUUGCAUUAAUUAUUUACAAAGACAAAGAUGCCCUGACUUUGUUGUAUGUGUCCUUCAAAAAGUUGUGAAUUUGUAUUCUCAGCGAAGCAUAAUCAUUAAUAUGUUGAUGAGAGAAUUUGAAGAUCUCAUUACUAUUAGUAAAGAUGAUGAGAAUGGCAUAGUAAUACACUGUGCUUUUAGAGAAAAAUUGUUUUUCAAAUCAUCUUGGAAAAUUAGUUGUGAUAUUUACAUUGGUUGUCCCUUUGAUAAUUUAGAUUUUGUAGUCAACAGAAGAGAUAAAUAUUUCUACAACAGUGUAGUAACGUAUAUGAAAUUACUGACACAAGUUGCAAUUGCUUCUGAAAAAAAAUUGCUUUUUUGGAGAAACAUAAUGAAAGAAGUAGAGACAUUUCUUGCAGUUAAGUCAGAGAUUGAAGUAGUUGAUAUUUCUGAUGAUACUGAGACAGUAACAGGUCCUAUAAUUGAGAAUCGUUGCAAUAACUGUACAGUAAAUGAUAUACCAGUUAUUGAGGUAGAGAGUUCUGAUUCUGAUGAUAACACUGUUCUUAUUGUUGACUAGAAAAAAUGAUAAAGUUAAUAAUUUGUGCUCUUAUUUGGUUACACUUUAUUUUUUCCUUAUUUAAAUGUUAAUAAAGAUUAUAUUUUUCUCUUACAAGUUAUAAGAAAACUAUGGUCUUCUAUAACAUAAGAUACUUACUAUUUUUAGAAUACAUCUUUUUCAUUUACAAUUAGCCAGCUACU